AUGCUCUUCACUUCUGUUUUUGUACUGGUAUUGUCGCUGCUGCCAGGAGACUCGGCCGCGGCGACAAUCCGUUCUCGACAAGAUGCAUCUACCACCUCUUACGACUUUAUAGUUAUAGGUGGCGGCACAGCUGGCCUGGCAUUGGCGACAAGACUAGGACAAAAACUUCCAGAUACCAGAAUCCUAAUUCUCGAAGCCGGUCCGGCGCCCCCCACCAAUGAGCCAGGAAUCAGCAUUCCUGGGCUUAAAGGCUCUACUCUUUUUGGACCUUACGACUGGAAAUUCCUCACAACCCCGCAAGAAAAUAUAGGUAACCGGGUCAUUGGCCAGAGUAGGGGGCGUGUGCUCGGUGGCACAUCUGCUCUAAACUUCAUGGUCUGGGAUCGUGCUGCAAAAGCCGAAUAUGACGCCUGGGGAGACCUCGGAAACCACGGGUGGGGAUGGGGCAGUAUGAUUAAAUACAUGUUGAAGGCCGAGAACUACGUUAAAACAAGCAAUAUUUUUGGCUUGAAUACCGGAGUUGGAAAGGGUGGCCCAAUUCAAACAACCGUAGAUCGGAUACAACCACCUCAGCAGCUCCCGUUCAUUCCGACUAUGAACAGUCUUGGGGUCCCUACGAACUUGGAAUCCCUGAAUGGAAACCCAAUCGGUGCGGUCUAUCAUCCAAGCAAUAUUCGGGACUCAAACUACACAAGAUCGUGGGCCCCAGAAUACUUGUCGAUUGCUGGUUCCAAUAUCCAUAUCGUUACAGAUGCAACUGUGCGGAAGGUCAAUUUGAAGUCUACCAGCAAGGGACAACAGGCAACUAGUGUCACACUUGAGGACGGUACUGUAUACACCGCAACCAAGGAGGUCAUUCUAUCUGCUGGAGCUUUCCAAUCGCCCCAGAUUCUCGAAACCUCGGGCAUCGGUCAAAGCUCCCUUCUCGCUAAAGCAGGGAUAAAAACCAUCAUCAACCUUCCGGGCGUAGGUGAAAAUCUUCAAGAUCACGUCUACGUCAGUGUCGCCUACCAAUUGAAGCCGGGCUUCACCUCCUUCGACUCCCUAAACACAAACUCUACAUACGCUGCCGAACAGAUGGCUCGUUAUCAAUCAAACCAACCUUCUGCUUUCGACUACAAUGGCAGCAACUUCGCUUUUCUCAAUUGGAAACAAAUACUCGGCUCAGACAACAUCAUGAAUUACCAUGCUUCCAAUUCUGCAACCCCAGGCAACGUUGUUGAUCAAACUAAAUUGUACCACCUCACUUCCGAAGCUGUUAAAGCUGGGAUCCCUCAGCUUGAAGUCCUCUUCGCUGAUGGGUACACCGGUACCAAAGGCUACCCCGCUGCGGGCUCUGCCGAGUAUGGAAAUCAAUACGUCACCUUAUUAGGUAUCCUCCAGCAUUCCUUCUCUAAGGGUAGUGUCCAUAUUGAUACCACAAACCCGUCCAAUCCACCAGUGAUUGAUCCAAACUACUUCUCAAAUUCCUACGACACCGAAGCAAUCAAGCAAAUCGUAAAAUACCUUCGAAGGGUUGCAAACACCGCACCUCUCAAAGAUAUCCUUGUUAAAGAAUACGAGCCGGGCAGCUCUGUCUUUACCGAUGCCCAAAUCCUCGCCUAUGCUAAAGAUACGGUAUCAACACUGUGGCAUCCUGUUGGUAGCUGUGCUAUGUUACCAAAGGCACAAAAUGGAGUUGUGGACUGCAACCUCAAGGUUUAUGGAACCACUAACCUGAGGAUUGUUGAUGCGUCUGUUAUCCCUGUGCAGAUUUCUGCGCACAUCCAGACAGCCGUUUAUGGUAUUGCUGAAAGAGCGGCGGUGUUGAUUGCAAAUGGGUGGUAA